GUAGAACCUCAUGCCUUUUUGUUUGAAAUGAAUUCACAAAAGAAAACGAUCCAUGAAGAAAGAGAGCGGCGUGCAUUAAAAUUGCCACCCAGAAUGUAAUGCUGGUAGUUAAAACAUUUAAAGGAUGUGUACCAAACGGCGUAGCCCAUAAUUUCAUUGUCAAUAGGCUUUUUGUGCAUUGCCUUUCUCUAAAGUUGCGAGAAAGUUCUUUUAAGUAGGAACAUAAAGGCAAAAAGUUGGUGAUAAUCGUCCUUAUUGAAUGCUCAACUAAAUUUUCUCCUACUUCCUAUCUAGACUCCAAGGUUAAAGCUCUUACCUGAGUGGUAAAACUCCUUCUCUGUGGCCUUUAUAGUUUUAACAGUAUCUUUACAUUAAUGACAAAAGGGAACUGGAAAGGAGUGAGAUGAAAACCUUAAAAGCAUUGGCCAAACAAUUUACUAUAUAAACCACAGAGAACAUCCACAAAGUAAGAGCUUCUCAUCAAGCAAAAGAAACUUGAAAUGAUGGUGGCUUUAACAUCCUGCACUGCCAUCUUCAUUCUAUUGUGUGGUUUUGUUUUGGCUUCUCCGACUGCAACCGAGACGCAUCCACGUCUCUUCAAUAAGAUCUACGCCUUUGGCGACUCUUUCACAGACACUGGCAAUACAAGGUCGGUAUCAGGGCCAGCCGGAUUUGGCCAUGUCUCUAAUUCUCCUUAUGGUAGUACCUUCUUUCACCACUCGACCAACCGAUAUUCGGAUGGACGACUGGUGAUCGACUUUGUAGCUCAGUCACUGUCCUUACCUUUCUUGCCGCCUUACAAAUAUUUGAAGGGAAAUGACUCGUUUCAUGGGGUGAACUUUGCUGUUGCUGGCUCCACAGCUAUAAACCAUGGUUUCUUUGUCAGAAACAACCUUAGCCUUGACAUUACUCCGCAGUCUAUCCAAACUCAGCUCCUUUGGUUCAACAAGUUCUUGGAAACUCAAGGAUGUAGAGGGGCAGAGACAAAGACACAGUGCAAAGCUGCAUUUGAUGAUGCUUUGUUCUGGGUUGGUGAAAUUGGAGUCAAUGAUUAUGCUUAUGCCGUUGGAUCUUCUAUCACUGAUGAUACCAUUCGGAAGCUCGGUGUCGCCAGCGUCACUGGAGUUUUACAGUCUCUGCUGAAGAAGGGUGCAAAGUACGUGGUUGUUCAAGGUUUACCACCAAGUGGAUGUCUGGCAUUAGCAAUGUCUCUAGCUCCCGUCACCGACAGAGACGAUAUCGGCUGCGUGAAGAGCCUAAACAACCAAACCUACGUUCACAAUAUUGCUCUCCAAGCUUCAUUGCAAUCUUUAAGAGAGCAGUUUCCUCAAGCUGUCAUCAUAUAUGCCGAUUACUGGAACGCCUAUCGUAUGGUUAUGAAGAAUCCCAGCAAGUACGGUUUCAGGGAGCGUUUCAAAGCCUGCUGCGGUGUCGGUGAGCCCUACAACUUCGACAUGUUUACUGUCUGUGGAAUGCCUUCUGUCAGUUCCUGCAAAAGCCCACCUGAAUACAUCAACUGGGAUGGAGUUCAUCUCACGGAAGCCAUGUAUAAAGCAGUUCAUGACAUGUUCAUUAAAGGUGGACUUACCCAUCCAGCUUUGAGUAACCUGUUGGACAUGAAACAUCACUAGGGAUAAGGUGCUGACAGUGAUUCAGCUGGUUUUGUUAGCGUUUAUCUUUGAGAUCUCUAAGAUUUAGCUAUGAAACUAAUGUGAGAAGUACUAGUUGAAACUUAUGAAAUGAACCAUUAUUUCGGACCA